AUGCCUGAACUAGCCUCGGUCCCCUCCCGUCAAGCUCGUCGAUCAGCCAGCCCUGGCCCCGGUCCAUCGACGCUACAGGCACAGGCGAGACGGUACGGCCAGGCAGGCUCUGGAUCUGGGUCUGGACUGAGGAUGGAGCGGACUCGGAAGGAUGACCGGGAGAUGGAGAUGAGGGGCAGGAGAGGAGCGGGUGGGUCGCAUUUGGAGGUCAGACAGGAUCCAGGACAACCACAACAAUCACCCAGCUCGGAGUCUUUGGGAAGCGAGACCGGAGCAUCGCCGACUAGCCCCGGGGUGGAUUCGUCGAUGGCGGCCUCGUCCACCACAAGACCGUUGUUCUUUAGCGGGACGUCUACGAGCAUGCCCGUCCCCACGCCCACAUCUCAGUCGUUCACUGGAACGGACACGGGAAUCAUCCCCGUCGUCUCGUCCUCUUUCUCCGGGACCGAUGUGCAAGCUACAGCAACUCCUACAAGCACGGACACGAACACCCUUGCCCCCUCGCCUUCCUCCUCCGACUACAACUUCAACUCCAGCUCCAGUUACACCCUGACGAGUUCGGACUUGUGGACCCCUACGGCUACGGCCGCAUUGCCCGGUUCACCCACCCUGGCCGUCUACGUGCCCGUGGCGGGACAACCGUUGGAACAGGGACAGAAUGGGUUGAUUGCAAACUUGACGCUGGCAGGGGACGACGUGGAUCAGUCGGUAUACUCGGUCCCGGUCGUCUUUGGGCACGCGAGCACGGGGUCGUCGACGAAUCGACUGGGGAAACGGGCGGGAGAGUAUCAGACGAUGAGGUUGGCAGUGGAUUUGGGGAGUAGCGAUCUGUGGAUCGCCGCGUCGACGUGUACGACCUCGGACUGUAAAGGCUCAGGAGUUCGCAAGUUCAACGCUGGGUUGAGUAUCGAUUCGGGGCAGUAUAUCAACCUGCAAUACCACCAAGGGUCCGUUUCGGGUAGCGUCUACUGGGACGAGCUCCAGAUUGGGGUGACGGAGGACCAGAUCGAGACGAGCGUCAACGGGACUGGUCGGGGCGGGGCGACGGGAUUCGACAUCGGGUUCCAGGCGUUUAUCGCUGCCGAUCAGGUGACGGAUGAAGAUUUGAGUGGAGGUGAAUUCGAUGGGAUCCUCGGGCUGGCUUUACCUGCCAACUCGAUCAUCCAGAGUUUCAUUCCCGGUUCGACGACGGGUCAGCCGGACGGGGCGACCUUUUUGGAAAACCUGUUUGGGCUCGGACCAGGGGCGCCGAUCGGGAGGUACGUCUCGAUGAGUCUGGAGAGGAGGGGAGAUACGAGGACGAGCAGCUCGUUGGGGUUGGGCAUGUACGAUGAGACGUUGUGUCCGGGGAAAUGUCUGCCGAGUUACAACCCCGUCGUCACGUCGGUGCACGGGCCGCUUUACUGGAGGAUUCUCUUGCAGGCCGUCAAUGUCGCGGUCUGGCCCUCGGACCCCUCGACGGGACCCCCUGUAAAUCACCGGAUCAGUAUGCCAUCGAGCACGACCACGCAGCAGAGUUAUCCGGUCGCCGUCCUCGAUUCGGGAGGGAGUCAGAUGUUGUUUGGGAAUCGAGAUUUCUUGAAUUCGAUCUAUGGCAUAUAUGGGAUCGGACCCUCGUCGGACGGAAAAUACUACAUGUCCUGUACUCAGCUCAUGUCCAUCAGCUUUACUUUCAACGGGCAAGACUAUCCUAUCCAUCCGCUCGACCUCUCGGACAAUACGGGCGAUACGCAAAAUUGCAUCGGCAGCAUGCAGUACGCGGAUGGCCUGGCUGCAGGGGACGUCAUUCUCGGUAGCACCUUUUUGAAGAAUGUCUACUCGAUCUACACGUACCCGGCCGGCUCGACCAAGACGCGAUCGCAGCCACCCCUCGUCGGUCUCGUCUCGCUCACCAACAGUACCCAGGCGGCUUCGGAGUUUUACGCCGUGCGGGACCAGCAUCAACCCUUGACACCGGACGCCUCUGGCAACGUCGGUAUCAACCCGGACCCUCGCGCCGCAGGUAGAGCCGUCUCCGGAGGGAUCAUCGCAUUGUCUGUCGUGCUCGGGUUCGUCGCCCUGGCCGGUGGCAUCUUUUGCGCCUGGUUCUUCUGGCUCCGACGCAAGUAUGGACAAGACGGCGUCGUACUUGGAGCCAAGGCGCGCAAGAGAAAGGGGUCUCAGCCGAGCGAGGGGGGCGGUGCGGGGCUCGACGACGAGGACGAGGAAGUCGACGUCGUGACUCGGGCGAGACGGGCUAGAAAGUUCAAGAGCAUGCAGAGGCAAAAGAGCAUGAUCGAUGGAUACUCGGAUUUCGACGUCGAUACCACUUGGUCGGCCGACGCGGACGAUAGCGUGACGGCGGGAGGGGCCAAGGCCGACUACGACCCGGUCAAAUCGGACGUCACGGACGGGAUUGCAACGCUGGAAAAGGAGGCGACGACUCGAUCUGCAGACGGUCUGGCGGCGAGAAGGAGCCGAGCGAGGAUCUCGGCCUGGGAAGGGGCUUACCCGCCCACCGGGUGGAAGGCGACAGACACGCGUUCCAGCGGGAGGGCUGUGAGUGGGGUGGGCUACGACAGAGACGGGGUCCAGACGCACGAUCGCACUGGAUCCGCCUCGACCAUGGCCACGAGUACCACCACUAGGACGACCAUUCAAGAGGAGGAUGAACUCCCACCUAUGGCCUCGAAGCGGUUUGCAGAUCAGCCCGCUUCGCCUUCCCGGGAGGCUCUCCUCGCGGACCACUACGAGUUGGGCAUCCGAAGCCCGGAGCGAGGGAGUAAAAGUGGGGACUUUACGGACGGGUCGAUCUUGAGGAUCACGGACCCGGCGCAAGGUCGGCGGUUGUGA